UGUUUUACCCCGUUUUUCCGUACACGCUUAUGCCGGAACUUUGAAUCCUUCUCAGUCAGGAAAAGCAAUGGCGCCAAAAAAGACCCCUGCACCUCCCCCUCCGAAUUCGAUCGGUCACUCCGAGGUUUUGCUCGAAGCGAGCAAGUUUGUCUGCGAGUUCAAUCCGAACAGUCUCCAAAUAUCCAUAUCCAAAAACACAAAAAUCAGAAUCUCAGGUGCUAGUUUCAUGCCCUUCAUCUUCCAUAGAGAUGAUAUGAAUGGAAAGUCUGGAAAUGAUUUUCAGCUCUCAAAAUUUGAAAAAAAAGAACGGCCUUCCAAUGAGGACGGGUAUGUGUUUCUGCUUGUUAAUCCUAAAGAAGACGAUAGCUGCACGAAAUCUUAUCUUCAGGUUAUAGCUGCAGUUACUUAUCAAAUACUUUCUGCUGAUACACUGCAUGCUGAGAUCCCUCUUGCUGCCGUUUCUUCAACACACUGACAUAAGGCUUGUGGUGUUCCUAGAAUUUUAUCUAACUGGCUUCUUGUUUUCUUCUUUUGAGGACUGUGUUAGACUGUAUUGAACGAAAAGUGGUUUACAGUUAUGAUAGUGCAAUAUGAUGCUAUCUCAUAAAGCAAAAAUGCAGGACAGACAAACUUUUGUUAGGCUUUUGAAACUACAGAAUAAGAAAAAAAAUUGCUA